GCCAGCUCUGGUUUCUGCAGAACUGAAGCUUCUCUUGGGGCCAGAUCUGAGCAUGUGGGUGCUAUAAAACUCCUCCUUUGCCUGGACUGCAGGAGAGCAGUCCCUGCUCCAUCCUGCAAGUGCUGAACACACCAGGACUCUCCAUCUGCUGCCUCCACAGCUCCAGGUACUGGCCCAGGAAGGGAAUGUGGUGACAUCUGUGGGACCUCCAGGCAGGAAUAAACAUGUCAGCUUUGGAGCUGGGGAGGCUGAGGAGUUGUGCAGCUGUCCUUGGGUCACUCCUCACUGCUGCUCUCGUUGUGGCUGUCCACAGCCAGUGCGCGGCUCCACCACGGUCGCCGUCGGCAGAGCCCAAGGAGCGGCUGGAGGGCCACCAGCUCUUCCCCUCUGGCUACAGGAUGGCGUUCGUGUGUCGGCCGGGCUUUGGGAGAAACGCUCACACUUCCAAUGUCCUCGUCUGUGGAGUGAACGGGGUGUGGCAUGGAUCCAGUGAAAUCUGCAUACCCAAGGCGUGCAGCUACCCCGGGGAGCCGGCCAAUGGCAGACUGGUCUUGCCUGGAGUCUUCACUUUUGGUUCCAAAGUGAACUUCACCUGCAACACUGGGUACAGACUGAUUGGACACUCUGAGAUUGAAUGUGUGCUCAGAAAUGAGGUUCUUACAUGGAGCAGUGAUGUUCCCAUCUGUCAAGCGAUUCCCUGUGCACCCCCUCCAGAAAUAGCAAAUGGGCAGCACAGUGGGAUGGACAAGGAGCAUUUUGAGUAUGGGGACUCUGUCACCUACCAGUGCCACAGGUCCAGGAGGGGAGUGAGACCUUUCUCCCUGGUGGGAGAGGCUUCCAUUUUCUGCACAAGCUUGGACAACUUGAAUGGUGUGUGGAGCAGCCCAGCUCCAGAAUGCAAAGUGGUAACCUGCAAGCAACCAAGAGUGGAGAAUGGGAAGCUGCUGAGCGGGUACCGGCCCGAGUACAGCUUUGGGGACACGGUGGUGUUCGACUGCGACUUCCGCCACAGCCUCAGCGGCAGCGGGGCCUCCAGCUGCAGGGACAGCGGCCUCUGGGAGCCCCCCCUGCCCCUCUGCCAGCGCAGCAGCUGUGAUGACCCCCCAGAUGUGAGGAAUGCCAUGAAAACCAGGCUGGCUGGCAAUCUGUUCCCUGUGGGCACCGUGGUCACCUACGAGUGCCAGCAGGGCCACCAGUUCAGAGCGGGGGAAACCACCUGGAACAUCAGCUGCCUGCAGGAUUUUGUGUGGAGUGAACCCCCCCCUCCGUGUGAAAGAAUUCCUUGCCCAGAUCCAGACAUCCCAAAUGGGAAGCCCUUGCACCCAUGGCAAGUGAAGGAGGUUUAUGAGAGUGGGGACAGGCUGGAGGUGGAGUGCAGUGAAGGAUUUGCUUUCAAAGGCCACGGCAGUGGCAGCAGCAUCACCCUUCGCUGUGGCAACGAUGGUGGAUGGGAUCCAGCAGUGCCAGAGUGCAUCCCAGAACCACAUUGCCCAAAGCCAAGCAUCCUUCAUGGAAAAGAGGUUUAUAAAAGCAGGAGUGGCUACACAGUGGGGACACGGGUGAGACUGGCCUGUGAGGAAGGUUUUGCCCUCAGGGGCUUGGAGACCAUCACCUGUGGGGCUGAUCUGAGCUGGGAGCCUGUGAUGCCCUUCUGUGACAAAGUCUGUGGGCCCCCUCCCCAAAUCCCCUUUGGGCAGCACUCUGGCAGAGGUGCCACAGGGUUCCCCUAUGGCACCAAGGUGACCUACAGCUGUGCAGAGGGGCUGUCCCUCAUUGGGGACGAGUCCCUGCACUGCACCUCCGAGGAUGGGGAGAACCUGACCUGGAGCGGGCCUGCCCCGGAGUGCAGGGUGGUUCGGUGCCCCAGGCCCGUGGUGGAGAGGGGGAGAAUGACCCCACAGACCUUCACCUUUCCCUACGGGCUGCUCCUGCACUUCUCCUGUGACCAAGGCUUCAGGCUGCAUGGCGCUGCCCAGAGCCAGUGCCUGGCUGAUGGCGCCUGGCACCCGCCCCUGCCCACCUGCCAGCCAGUUCAGUGCCCCAGUCUCCCAAGGCGGGACGAUGUUGUGGUUGACUUCAACCAGCUGUGGUACGAGGUGAAUGCCACGGUGACCUUCUCCUGCAAAAGUGGUGGGCGCAAUGGGGCACUUUCCAAAACCACUUGCUCAGCUGAUGGCACCUGGACACCACCCCCCACGUGUAGGAAGAGUGAUGUGUGUGAGAGGGUUCUUCGAAACAAAGCAGCUUUCCGGUGUGGAAUUCCUCUGUCAGAUCUGAAAACCCAGCUGGAAGUCCAGAAGCUCCUCCUGGAGAUCCAGAAACUUGAAAAGGAGCUAAAAAUCACCACCUACAUUUGUGCUAAUGCUGAGGUAGCCAGGACAAAAUUUAACAAUCGGCCACAGAUUUGGUCGUGUGAGGAGCCAAUGACUUGUGAGUCAAUGACUCGUGGGGCUGGGGGUGGUGUCAGUGGCGUGUCUGGCCUGUCCCCAACUUCCCACUGCUGCUUCCCCUUCCCUGCUGGGCUCUCAGGGCAGAGGAUCUCGGAUCUCUCCUUCCCAGGGCAGCUUUUAUCCCACGCCAUGCCCGGGCUCCUCGGGCCAGGCCAGCUCCUGGCACUGACGGUUCUGGCCCUGCAGCCCACGGGCACUCAGGAGGCUCAGUGUCCCAUCCCUUCCAUUGCAAACGGGCAGCUGAGCUCUGCAGAGAACUUCACCCAGGGCAGCACCGCCACGCUGCAGUGCGACCCCGGCUUCGUGCCCACCGCCAGCACGGUGCGCUGCACGUCCAGCGGCAGGUGGUACCCACGGGUGCCCUCCUGCGUCCCAGGGCAGUGUCGCCACCCUCCCUCUGUGGAGUUCGCCGAGUUCCAGCACCGGCGGGAGUUCCUGGUUGGGAGCACGCUGUCCUACUCCUGCAGAACCGGCUUCUCCCUGAUCCCCGGAGUGUCCCCAACCAUCACCUGCCUUCAGAACUUCUCGUGGUCCCCGGUGCCGAGGCUGUGCCAGAGGGUGCAGUGCUCCAGCCCGGUCAUCCCCCACGGGACAGAGGCCAGCCCCAGGAGAGCCGAGUACACCUUUGGGACACAGGUGGAGUUCCAGUGUGACCACGGCUACAUGCUCCGGGGCAGCGACAGGGUCCAGUGCUCCUCUGACGGGAUGUGGAGACCCCCCGUGCCCUACUGUGACAGGGUCUGUGGCCCCCCUCCCAAAAUCACCAACGGGCAGCACUCUGGCAUGGGGUUUACAAGGUUCCCCUAUGGCUCUGAAGUGAAGUACAGCUGUGCAGAGGGGCUGUCCCUCAUCGGGGACGAGUCCCUGCACUGCACCUCCGAGGAUGGGGAGAACCUGACCUGGAGCGGGCCUGCCCCGGAGUGCAGGGUGGUUCGGUGCCCCAGGCCCGUGGUGGAGAGGGGGAGGAUGACCCCACAGACCUUCACCUUUCCCUACGGGCUGCUCCUGCACUUCUCCUGUGACCAAGGCUUCAGGCUGCAUGGCGCUGCCCAGAGCCAGUGCCUGGCUGAUGGCGCCUGGCACCCGCCCCUGCCCACCUGCCAGCCAGUCCUGUGUCCACAGCCCCGAGUGCCCUUUGGAAGGCUGAAAAGCCCUUUGGGUGGCAGAGGGUGGUACCAGGCCAACGAGACUGUCACCCUGGAGUGCCUUCCUGGCUACGAGCUUCCAAACAAUGAAGUGAUGGAAAUGGAAAAUGCUUGGACAGCCACCUGCUUGCCUGAUGGCAGCUGGACAACACUGCCCAAGUGUAUGAAAGAAGGUGAUGGUGAUGUGUGUCAAGAGGUUCAUUACAUUAAAUCGACCUUUGAAUGUGGUGUGCCUGUAGAAGAAGUGAAAAUUCUGCUGGAAAUACAGAAACUGCUCCUGGAGAUUAACAAACUAGAGAUGGAGCUAGAAAACUAAAAUGAAAUUGGAUCCCUGUAAAAGUUCACCUUUCCUUUGGUGAACUCACAGUUUGUGCAGUCACAGCAUCUCUGAGAAGGUUCUUUGUGAUUUUGUGGCUUUUUAUUUUGCAUACCUAGAGCCAGAAAAAUAAUCAUCAGUGCAUGGGAGGCUGCUUUUUGUGCUGGAUGCCAGAGCAGGGAGUGGGUUUUGCUCUAACCUACAAGCUUGAUUUGCUCUUUUAUUAAUAAGUUGUUUCAUGUUUCAUAUUAGGAAGACUAAAAAGAGAUUAAAUUUAGCUUUUUAAAAUCA